AUGCCCCCCGAGGAUUUGCUAAGGGGCUUGAUCGAGGAUACCGACCUAAACAACGACACUACCAACAAUGCCCUUCAAGGCCUGAAGCGACCACACGACGACGAGACGGCCGACGAACCCCUGGCGAAGCGGGACAAACUCGGCGAGGAGCUCGACCGCCUGUUCGCCUUGAAUCCGUCCCCCGUUUCGGCCACGGCGUCAUCGGGCUCUGCGACCUUUUCGAUAUCAGCCGCCGCUGCGUACCCAAGUCCCAUCGACGGCCCUUCGAUCGGUGGGCCACCCGGUCCUACAGUCCCCAGCAGGACAAGGGGUACGCUUCCCAUCAGAGCGGCUAGGAGACGACUGCCGCGUGUUGGCAACGGGACAGUUAUGUCUCGCAGUGGGAUCCCAGAGACGUCCGAGCCGGCUAGUUCUAGCGACAACGACUCGGAAUGCUGA